GUAAAGUCAUGGGCAGUCCGUUUCCCAUAGGCAACUGCUUUGUUUGUCGAGAUUUCUGCCUUGUAUAAAUGCUCUGGAAAAGGCAACACAGUGAAUUCAGGUCGCAUUCUUGCCGCUUGGCGUAAUUGACAUUAGCAAUUCUAAUAGAGGAACGUCCGUAGCGUGGAUGUGUGCGCAAGGCGCGGAUGUGGCGGACACCGAGGGUCGCUGCUGACUGGGCUGGGCUGAGCUCGGGGCGAGGCGAAUGACGUACCUGGUGGGCCGGAGCGAGGCCCUGUUCCGCCCCAUGGCCAUGGUGGUCCCCGACUGCGCGCUGGUGGCUGAGGUGGCGCUGCUCAGCCGCGAGGUGGUGCUGCCGUACGAGCUGGCAAGCGAGCAGCCCAGCCAGCGGGGCCACUACGACGCUGUCGGUGCUUGUCCCCGCCGUCAGCCUCCAGCGCUCCGCACCGCUGAGGAGGCGGUGCCCCGGUGCGCGAGUCCAGCAUCGCCAAGCUGCUGCCACAGACGCGCGGGUGUUUGUGCCAUCGUGACGGACCCCUUCCCGGGGGGGGAGCUGCCGAAUGAGCACGACGAGGGGCUCCUGGGGGCGCUGGUGGCCGCAUGCGGUGCGCUGGGGCUGCAG